AUGAAGUUUUUCAAGAUUUUGUUUCUCGUUGGAAUCGCUUUUGGAUACGAAUUCUCAGAGAAAUACGGAAAUCUCGAUGAAUCGCAAUUUAAAAACUUCCCGAUGCUCAAAUUCCUGAAAGCUCGUCAUUCUCACAAGGCAAGACAGCUGAGCAAGCUCGACCAAAUCAAACUCGCUGAACAACUCCGACAGAAUGCUGUUUAA